CACUCACAUCAUAUCCAUUUCAUAUACCAACAUGAAACUACGUUGACUCAAACGAAAACGGAUGAAUUUUUUUUCGCAAUUCAUCAGACCCUUUUUUCUUUUCUCCUCAAAUCAAUUCAAUUUUGUUGCAAACCGACCCAAAUUUUUUAGCAAUGAAAGAAAAUCACAUUCUGAUAAUAACGGUUUCUCUCUGAUUUCCGAUUUUUCUCUGCAUUUCUUCCACCUAAUUUCGUUGAAGAUGGAUACGUUUUGCGGUUUUCGAUAAUUCUUCGAAAAUUUUUCGUCUAUCAAUGGAUUCCUAGCCUUUUCUAUGCGCCAUCAUCUGCAGAUUUUCCUUUAAAUUCAUUAAACUAUCGCCUCCUCCCUCUUUUAAUCUCUUGUUGUACGAGAAGAAGCCAUGGACAGAAUCAUGUUAAUCUAGGAUGCUCAUUUCAUUCGUCAUUUUAUAAACCUGUUGCCCCAUUCUUUCAUGAUUUGUGUACACAUUAUUUGAAGCUGGACAUGUCAACCCAGCAGCAAAAUUCUGAUUCAAAUGGCGUUUCAGGCGCUUGUCUCUUUGAACUCCUGUUUCCAGAUUCAGAAAUGCAAGGCUGGGACUGGAGUCGGAUGCCCUCUGAUUCAGAAACGCAACGCUGGAAUUGGAAGAAGGACCAACAGCUCUCUGGCCCCCAGAAAAGGUUGGAAGAUCUGUUGCGGCAAUCUGGUAAUAAGUAUUGUGCAGAUUGCGGAUCACCGGAUCCAAAAUGGGUAUCGUUAAAUUUGGGAGUGUUUAUCUGUAUAAAGUGUUCUGGAGUACACAGAAGUCUUGGAGUUCAUAUCUCUAAGGUUUUCUCAGUGAAACUAGAUAAUUGGACGGAUGAACAAGUUAAUACUUUGAUAAGCAUGGGCGGAAACGCAGAUGUAAACAAGAAAUAUGAAGCUGGCAUCAUCGAUGUGAACCGAAAACCGAAACCAGAUUCUUGUAUAGAGGAGCGCUUCGAGUUUAUAAGGAGAAAGUAUGAACUGCUGCAAUUUUAUAACGCCAAUAGUAGUCAAAAUUCUAGUGAUAACAACUCAUUUAGUAAAAGAAGUUCAUCAUGCCCCCAAAGUAGUAACUCUUCAAGCAAGCAUGGUAGCCACGACAAAAGACACUUCGAGAAGCAAGCUACUAGGCAUCGCAUCGGGCACGCAUUUCGUAACAGCCGGGUAAGAAGAGAUAGUGAGCACAAGAAUUCUGACAAGAACAGCCCUGCAGUCUCAAGACAAGCAUCGGCAGGUAUGGUUGAAUUUGUUGGCUUGGUUAAGGUCAAUGUGGUUAGAGGCACAAACCUAGCUGUUCGAGACGUGGUGACCAGCGAUCCCUAUGUAAUUCUCACGUUAGGCCAUCAAUCGGUGAGGACUCGCGUCAUAAAGAACAACCUAAACCCAGUUUGGAAUGAGAGCCUAAUGUUGUCGAUUCCUGAGCAUAUCCCUCCGCUGAAAGUGCUUGUCUAUGAUAAGGACACAUUUUCAACUGAUGAUUUUAUGGGUGAAGCCGAAAUCGACAUUCAACCGUUGGUCGCUGCGACCAAGGCCUAUGAGAAGUCCACAAUUGAUGAAUCAAUGCAGCUGGGAAAGUGGGUGGCAAAUAAUGACAAUAACUUGGUAAAAGAUGGAAUCAUUAACCUUGUAGAUGGAAAGGUCAGACAGGAUAUAUCUCUUAGAUUGCAGAAUGUGGAAAGAGGUGUCCUUGAGAUUGAACUAGAAUGCAUUCCUCUUACACAAUAGCUCAUGCCAUGGUGUGAAGUGUUGAAAUCACAUCAUUUUAGAUCCAAAAGCACUAUUUUAUAUUAAGUCAAUUACUGACAAAAUUUGAAAAUUACUUUGUUGUUAGCUAUGAUGGAGGCACCUUCAAAUGGGUUUUCAUUGCAAGGAGGGAAAAAAAAAAAAAAAAAAAAGAGAUAAUGUUCCUUACUGUAGCUGUUGUAUAUUAUUGAUAAAUAAGAUGGUGGUGGAAUAUAUGCUAGAUUAAUCUGCCUUUGUUUC